CUCUCGAGCAUCACUAGUAAGCCUUCAAUGAAUUUUCAGCUUGAUUUUGGCGACAUUGGUGAACUACUUAAAGUACGUGUUGAGAUUGAUGGAACUGGAAGUAGUCCCGAUUAUUUUCUCAAUUUUGUGGAAUUCAAGGAUCUGGACACCGAAGAACGCUUUGUGGUCAUGUGUGGAAAGUGGCUGCGUUGGAAAAGUACAAAGAAGGGGGAUCAGCCGUUUAGAGAACUCUCUGCUUUUCAUAUCGGAGUUGAACCAUUGCCUUUGAUAACCUAUGAAGGCAAAAUCAGCAUUCAGUCAACACCCAAAAUUGAGUGUUUGAACAAUAAGGAGGUUCUAAUGGAUUUGCAUGGAGAUCUUGGAGAGACUGGCAUAUUUCGAGUAACUAUCUCCCCGCCUAUGGACUACAAAGAAAAACAAUUAAAAUCUGGUGAUGAGGAAAAUAUGCCGAUAAAUGAAGACAUUGACAAGGAGAAUGAAAAUAUUGACAUUUCAUUCAAAGUAGAGGCAGUAAGCGUCGGUCGAGUAGUCGGUGCCCGUCUCCGUUUCGAGCCAAAUUCAAUUGGAGAACAAAUAGUAGAUGGACUUUUGGCCAUUCAAGGCCUCUUUCAAAAACAAGGGCUUUGGCCCCUCUCCUCAAAUUCAGAAUUUUUGUGUGGGCGAAUACUCCUUCGAGAAUCUUACCACACCCCGUAUCGUUAUGUCCUAACUCGCUCUCAAUUUCAUGAAUUAUCGGAGCAGGCCCAAUAUUGUACAAAAGAGUUAUUGACAACCGAAAUGGAGGGUGUUUCCACUCGUCUACCUCGACGGAAACAAUCACCAAAAGAAAGGUCCAAUUGGUUACUCCAAGUUUCCCUGGCUUAUGGUUCCACAAUUUUGCCCGAGAUUGAAUUAUGCGGGGAGAACGGCUCGAAUGUCAGAAUGCGCCCAAUGAACACAAAUUGCUCUGAUGGGAUGUUAAGCUAUCAGGUGCCGCCAAAAUCAACUCAAGAAAGAAGUGAAGGGAAUGACGAGCUUUUUGGACACAGCAGAAAAAGUGAUGAGAAUGCAGAGCUUCUUGGACAGCUUGGAAAAAGGGAAGGGAAUGACGAGCUUUUUGGACACCACAGAAGAACUGAUGAGGAUGCAGAGCUCCUUGGACAGCUCGGAAAAAGGGAAGGGAAUGACGAGCUUUUUGGACACUACGGAAGAACUGAGGAGAAUGCAGAGCUGUUUGGACAGCUUAGAAAAAUACGCAUCUUUAUUGAGGAUGAGGGGAAGAAACUGACUGGGGUGGAAGCUAGUGAGGAAGAAAAUAAUUUAGAAGACAAGGAAGUGAAGCAACCUUUCACUAUAGUGGAGAAAAUUAGAAUUUCGGAUACUGUAAAUGGAGAUGAAAUUAGAUUCCCGGCGGCAGACUGCCAUUUACAGAAAUAUUCGGUUUAUGAAUUGUCGGCUAUUUGGCCUGAUAAACCGCCUAUUCCGAUUGUUAUCUACUUUGUUCGGAUUGUCGCCGGUGAAGCAUCCCCUCAAACCCUGCCUGGCAUAAACGUACGGCUUAAUGUAUCAGGAGAAUAUGGGGAUGUUGGCUGGAGAACUUUAAGCCAUUCAGAAAUAGAAGAAUAUUCGGAACAACAACAACAAUCUUUGGAGAAUCAACAAAAAAUUCAACUUUUUGCUCCAAACACGCGAAAUUCUUUUGAAUUCGAGGCCGUUUCAAUUGGACAUUUAGACUUUGCCGAAAUGGAAGUUUUCUGUUCCGACGCCCAAAACUUUUCUUGGGAAUGUUCAGAAUUAAUAAUAACAGACACAAACACAGCAUUAUAUUACAAAUUUAAAUUUGAUGGUCCUUUCUCUGAAACAUGCCGUCUUCAACGUUGUCAAACACUACCCUUUAAUGAAGCAACGAAAUAAUAAAUUUUCUUAUAGGAAUUAGUUUACUAAACAAGCAACUAUACUUAAAAAAUCUCAAGAAUAAUUGAAGAAUGUAGCAAUAUUUUUUUUAUUUUUUAAUUUAAAAAUGGUCAGCCGACAUUUGCGGACAGACUUUGGGAUCUGCAAUAAAGGUGGAUUGGGAUACACGAAACCCAAGACUUUUUUCGACUCGAUCUGAAGAAAUAUUUUGAAAACCCGACCUGAAAAUCCUUCUAACUUUUUCCCUACCCGUGACGCAAGCCUGGACCGCAAGGUAUGCGUCGCCUAAAAACAAAUAAAAAUAGUGUCCGCAAAUGUCUGUAGUUUUUAAAAUAUGUAUUAGUAUUGUAUUUAGCUUAUAGUUA